CCUUGUCACAUUCCUAAACCAAAUUAAGGUCCCCAAGGUGGGGGAUCUCCACCCUCAGAGGGGUUCGAGCUUUGUCCAGAGAAAACCUGGAUCCUAAGGAGAAAACCAUCCCCAAGGAUGUCCCCAGGGAUGCUGCAGCUGGGAGAGGAGGGGACAAUGCAUUCCCAAGGGGUCCUGGCAUCCAGGCUGGACCCCCCCCAUGGGGAAGACCUUGUGGGUUAUUGCUCUGGGAAUGCUCAGCCUCAGCAUGGGGGGCUCAGGGAGGUUGGGGAGGUGACUGGCUGCCUGUCAUCUGGCUGCCUGUCCCACAUCACCCUGGAGAAGGGAGAAGGAUAAACACCCUGCUGGGGUCAUGGUGCUGUCACGGCACCCUUGGUGACAUCACACCACGCUGGUUCUUUGCUCUGGGAGCAGGACACCAUUGCUCCCCAGGAACAUCGGGGAGGGGGGGGCUCUCACCCCUGGGAAACACCAUGGUCCCCAAGUCCCCCCAGCCACAGGAGAGCAGGACCCCGACGGACCCCCAGCCCAGUAGCGGGAGUCCCCCAUCCCCAUGGGACCCCCACAGCUCCUCGCCCAGCCGGAUGGAGCUGCUGAGCGGGAUGUGGCUGGUGCAGCCAGUGCCAUCAGGCCACUUGCUGGUGGCCCUGCAGAGGACCCUCACCACCGGGCAAGGGAAGAGCCCGGCGAGAGCUGGCAGCCAGCCACCACAGGGCCAGAGCGGUGGCCACUCAGUCACCCCCAUGACCAGCGACUCGUCUGGGAACCCCCCCUCACCAGGCAGCGAGGUGGCCCCAACACAGCCCCAGUUGCCCCACGCCACAGCCGUCCCCCAGCCAAAGCCCCCCCAGGGGAGGGCACAGCACCCCGUGUCCAAAUCCAGCCGCCGGCGCGUGCGGCACCCGGUGGCAACCUGGCAGGGCUCCUGGCCACCACCAUCCUCCCCUGAUGCCAGGGUGGGGGGCUCAACACCCAGCUGUCUCCUCCAGCCGUCACCUCCCAGCAGGGACAAGGGCACCCAGACCAGGCCACAGGCCACCGAGAGCUGUCCCCGUGCCUCCUCUGCCCCCCAGGAUCCCACCGUGUCCCCAUGCGAGGUGGUGCCCAGCGAUGUCCCCAGCAGGGCUCUGCCCAAGCUCAACCCCGACUCGGUGUGGUGGCCCUUGCUGCAGGAGGGUAGCCAGGUGUCCCCAGGUCCCAUGUCCCCCCUGUCAGGCCAGCAGCCCGAGGUGGUGGCCAAAGGCGCCUGUGGCUCUGGCAAGGACACGGCUGAGCCACCGCUGCUGGGCAGAGCCUCCCCCACCGUCCCCCCACACAAGGCCCAGACCAAGAGCUCCAGCUGCGAUGAUGAAGAUGAGCCAUCAUUCACCAGGUUUAUCACCUUCUUCGUGGCUGUGGAGGAGAAGAUAAAGCGGUUCCUGAAGGAGGACUCGGAGGAGGCUGAGCUGACCCAGUUCCUGCGGGAUUGCCCACCAUCCGACAGCCCCAGGAAGGUGGAGCCCCCGGAGAGCCGUCGGGAGCCCGGCCACCCCCUCUGCGGCGUGGGCAGGGUCCCCCCUGACGAACCCGCUGACGAGAGGGACGCCAGGAUCUUCUCCCGGUCUCGGCCCUCGGAUUUCCAGCAGCACAUCGCCGCCCCCCCGCCCCCCAGCCCCAACCGCCCGCGGAGCCCCUGGGGGCAGCUGGACCCCUACGACUCCUCUGAGGAUGACAAGGAGUACGUGGGCUUCGCCACGCUGCCCAACCAGGUCCAUCGCAAGUCGGUGAAGAAGGGCUUUGACUUCACCCUCAUGGUGGCAGGGGAAUCUGGACUGGGCAAGUCCACCCUGGUCAACAGCCUCUUCUUGACGGACAUGUACAGGGACCGCAAGCUGCUCAACGCCGAAGAACGUAUCACGCAAACGGUGGAGAUCACCAAGCACGUGGUAGACAUCGAGGAGAAGGGUGUCAAGCUGCGCUUGACCAUCGUGGACACGCCGGGCUUCGGUGACGCUGUCAACAACACUGAGUGCUGGAAGCCAGUGGCCGACUACAUCGACCAGCAGUUCGAGCAGUAUUUCCGUGACGAAAGUGGCCUCAACAGGAAAAACAUUCAGGACAACCGUGUCCACUGCUGCAUCUACUUCAUCUCACCCUUUGGCCAUGGGCUCCGGCCCUUGGACGUGGAGUUCAUGAGAGCCCUGCACCAGCGGGUGAACAUCGUGCCUGUGCUGGCCAAGGCAGACACACUGACCCCCGCCGAGGUGGAGCGCAUGAAGAACAAGAUCCGGGAGGAGAUCGACCACUACGGCAUCCGCAUCUACCAGUUCCCUGAGUGUGACUCAGAUGAGGAUGAGGAGUUCAAGCUGCAGGACCAGGCACUGAAGGAGAGCAUCCCCUUCGCCGUCAUCGGCAGCAACACAGUCGUGGAGGCCAAAGGCCGGCGUGUCCGUGGGCGCCUCUACCCCUGGGGCAUUGUGGAAGUGGAGAACCCAUCCCACUGCGACUUCGUGAAGCUGCGGACGAUGCUGGUGAGGACCCACAUGCAGGACCUCAAGGACGUGACGCGGGAAACCCACUACGAGAACUACCGCACGCAGUGCAUCCAGAGCAUGACCCGCAUGGUGGUGAAGGAGAGGAACCGCAACAAGCUGACCCGGGAGAGCGGGACGGAUUUCCCCAUCCCUGUCAUCCCCCCGGUGCCGGAUGCGGAGACGGAGAAGCUCAUCCGGGAGAAGGACGAGGAGCUGCGGCGGAUGCAGGAGAUGCUCCAGAAGAUCCAGAAGCAGAUGAAGGACUCGCACUAGCACCCCUUCCUCCUCCUCCUCCUCCUCCUGCCCCCCCCCCAGAUCAGAAAUGUUUACAUCACUCUCCAUCCUGCCCCAGCCCCGCUGCCAGACUCGGUACCCACACCGUACCCGCCACCUUGAGCUGCUGUGGUAUCGCCUUAUCCAACUGCCAGCGCCUGUCACACGGGGACAGGCAGGGGACAGGGCACUGGGGUCCCCUGCACCCUGUCCUGGCUGGAUGCCUCCCCAGCCCCCCACCCCGGGCUGGGAACAGCUUUGUCCCCCGAGCUUUGGCUUUCUCUGUUUCCCCUGCAGCUCUGGGGAGGGCCACCAGCCAGCUCUCCACAUCGUGUCCCUUGUCCCCGUGUCACCUCGAGCUGCCUGCUUACAGCCUUUACACUCAGCGUGGCCCUUGCUUAAGGGAAGAGGAAAGGGGGGGUCCAGUCCCAGCCCCCCCAAAGCCCCAGCUGCCCUGAUGUGGGGGACAGGGUCGCUCCCCCUGGACCUGGUUGGCAUGGAGGGACAGCAGCUCCUGGGGACCACAGGUGACCAAGGGGAUGGAGGGGCAGCCAGUGUCCCAGCCGGGGUGGCAGCCAGCACCCGGACCCUUGGCCACCUUCGCGACAGCACUGGUGGGAGGAGGGACUGAAGCUGGGGAUGUCCAGCCCUGUGUCCUCGGCAGGGUCCCUGUCCCCACCAAGUGUCACCCCUUGGAAGCACCCUGUGUCCCUGGGUGGUGGGGGUGGCCAUGGCAGGAGGAACAGUGGGGAAUCACUGUCCUCACAGAAAGUCCCUUGAACCCUAAAUCAGAGGGUGGGUCCCCAGCCUGGCCUCCCCUUGAUGUGGGCCCUGUGAAGCAAUAAUGACUGUCCUGUGCCCGCGGUGCCUCCCCACCCGCGGCAGCAGCAUCGUCCCCGGCUGGUGUUUCGGCCCCUGACACCACUUGCUUGUCUGUGGUGUCCCUGCGUGUCCCAGGAUGUCCCUGUCCCUGCUGCUUCUGGCUGGAGCAUCACUGUGUGUCCCCCCAAGGAUGUCGCCAUCCGUGUGGCUUCCCAGCAAAGCGCUGCUGUGUGUCCCCGUGUUCCCCAUGCUGUCCCCAGGUGUUGCUGCCCUGCAGAGCGCUGCAGCCUGUCCCCCCCCAGGCUGUCCCCAUCCCUGUUGCUUUCCCACAGAGUACUAUGUCGUGUCCCUGCCUGCCCCCAGGAUGUCCCCAUCCGUGUGGCUGCCCUGCAGAGCACUGUGUUGUGUCCCUGUGUCCCUCCUAGGAUGUCCCCAUCCGUGUUGCUCCCCAGCAAAGCACCGCUGUGUGUCCCCAAGGCGAGCCCUGGCCCACACCUCCCAGCCAGCAGCCACAGGGCAUCCCUGGGGAGAUGGCCCCAACCCCCCCCAACCCCCUGCUCCCCCCAGGGACUAGGAAACACAAAGGGGAUGGUGAGGCUGCAGGGUGGAGGCAGAACUGGGGGCAGUGGGAUCACGGGGAGCUCGCUGGCAUGGGGACAUGUCCCCUCCUGGGCAGGGCCACCUGAGGGGUGGGGUGAGCGGUGGGGGUUCACCCCUGGGUGAGAGGUUUGCAUCCAGGAGGCUUGGCUGAUGGGGAGCUGUGUCCAGCCAAGGCUCAGGGUGGGUGCUGUGGGGUCCUGGGGCGGCUCCAGCACGUACCACCCAUGUCCCUGUGCCAGCCACAGGGUCCCUUGGCCCCCGCGGGCAGGGACCCCCCUGGGCAGGGCCCCGCAGGGUGUAUUAGCGCUUUCCUUUUUUUAAUCUUGCUAUUUUCUUACAGAAGUACUUACCUUCGCAUGAUGGUCAUAGAGGCAUUUAUUAAAGGAUAAGCAGAGUAUAGGUUUAUAAAUUCUUAUAGAGCUAGUGGAAAUAUUUUUAUCCCUCCACAACCGUUCUCAAUAAAUACGGCUGACCCGG